CGGGUAAACCAUUUCAGCUCAGCCAGGCGAAAAAGAAAAAAAGAAACGUCAACUGUUGGGUUGUUGUUUUUCUCGUAUUUUCUCUUAACUCUGAGAAUCAGACAUGGAUGACGACGUUAUCACAACGCUGAAAAUAUUGAUAAUUGGAGAAAGUGGUGUUGGAAAAUCAAGUCUUCUGCUGCGAUUCACAGAUGACACGUUCGAUCCAGAACUUGCGGCUACAAUUGGUGUGGAUUUUAAGGUGAAGACCCUCACAGUGGAUGGUAACAAAGCAAAACUUGCAAUUUGGGACACCGCCGGUCAGGAGCGUUUCCGCACACUCACGCCCAGCUACUACAGAGGAGCUCAGGGAGUAAUACUGGUCUAUGAUGUCACAAGAAGAGACACGUUUGCCAAACUGGACAACUGGCUGAAUGAGCUGGAGACGUACUGCACACGAAACGACCUGGUGAAGAUGCUGGUGGGAAACAAGAUUGACAAAGAUGGCCACGAGGUGGAUAGAAGUGAAGGACUGAAGUUUGCGCGCAAACAUUCCAUGCUGUUUAUAGAGGCCAGUGCAAAGACCCGGGACGGGGUUCAGUGUUCGUUCGAGGAGCUGGUGGAGAAGAUCCUGCAGACCCCGGGCCUGUGGGAGAGCGAGGGGAGAGGAGGCGUCCGGCUGUCCGAUGACGAGCAGAUCGCCGCGGGGGGUUGCGGGGGCUACUGCUCCCUCAUCUAAUCCCUCCACAACACACACACACUUACACACAUCUAGGAACACGCAUCUGCUGAAAGGGAAAAACACAUCACACGUGCACAGCCUCUCUCGGCCAGGUGUCUGUCUCUGUCCAUCACAGACAUGCAAGUGCACCCACACGCUCACACACACACACACACACACACACACACACACGCUUACUCACAUACAGUACGUAUACAUACUUACAGUACAGUACAGAUCACUUUCUGAUAUCAGGAAAACAAAUCCUGAUUUCACACUACUUUUUAUCACAAAGCCACAAAAAAACAUGAAUGCUAUCAGUGGAGAACGUACACAUGACCUCACGACAGACUGAAGGAGGAAACCAGAGACGGUGUCAUCUGUCAGGACCGAAUUAUGCAUUAAUGAGUUUUGAUGACUCCAAGCAGUCCCAAUAGUAUUUGAAUGCUUCCCUAAUGCUAGCGUAGUUCCUUUAAUUUGUUCAAGAUACUUGAUCGUCCCUUUCUGUGAAGAGACAUCAGCUCAAAUGGGUUAUUAUUGCCCUGGAAAUGGAAACUAAAUUAAACCACAAAAAGUAAAAGCACUUACAACUUCUACCAAAAGUAACUGCCAAAACAUGACAAACACAAUGGCUGAACGUCCUACUUUACAGGAUCUGUUUGAUUCCCUUUUUUAGUUAUGUCUGUUGUCCUUUCAUUCUUGUCUCACUGAGUGCUGGUGCUCAAGCAUGGUGACAGACAGAAGACCAGACACUGUUCUGUGCUUGGCAUGGCAUUGCAUGGCACGGUCUCCCACGAACAGAAUGUUUCGUUUUUGUCGUGGUUAGGGUGGUAAUCCCCUCUUUAGCACACACAUGCACAGUGCCACUCCAAAGCUCAUGUGUCGAAAGCAAGUUACCAAUCCUCAGGCAGUGUGUGGAUAUCGCCGGACGCGUCAUCCAGAAGGCUGUUUUGGUGAACGUUUUGGAAGCGUGUUUUGGUGGUGUCUGUGUCGGGCCAUGCUUGGACAGAGAGUCCGUAGUGUCAAAGCAGAUGUGAGCGGCGGAAAGAUAAAAGCCCUGCAGUAGUCUGUGUUUUGGCUGAGAGGCGCGGGUCCUCGGCAUCGCAGCUCAUCGGCCCGCGCGAGGUGGAAAAAUCUGGAAAAGCAUCGCCUGCUUACUCCAGCAGAGGAGUGUGAGUCAUAAGGGUGUGUACACAAGCCAUCAGACACAAAGACGGACAGAGACAGACAGACAGACAGAAAGAAAGAACAUAAUUCCAGAGAAAAAAAAGCUGUAUGAUACCCGUUACUCGUGUUUGGAUUUUUUUCCCCAUGCAGUUUGUCAUGAUCCAUUACUUUUGAGCUUUUAAUUCCAUCCAGGUUGUCAACGCAAUUGUUAAGACUGAAAGUAACAAUUGACCCAAAGUAGCCUGGCAGUAUGGGCAUGCCCCUGCCUUCACAGCCUGUUUGUUUGAUUGAUUGAUUGAUUGGUUAACUGGUUCCUUUCUUUUUGUUAUGUGUGUCUUAAGAAAGCUCAGAUGUGUUUUCUUGGGAAUUGGACGGGGUGUUUGUGUGACUACGUUUUUUAAUUUUUUUUCUACUUACAUGUACACCAUCUCUAUUUUUUUUUUUUCAAUGAAGGUUCUACAAAGAUAGUUUUUUUUUUACUAUAGAACUAAGAUAUUUGAUUGAACUCACAGAAAGGAAAUAUGGAGAUAUCAGCCAUUUCUUUUCUUUAAAAAAUUUAAAUAAAUAAAUUCCCUUGCUGAGCUGCAAAGAAUGUAAAUCCAGUCUAGUGAGUGGCAUUGCUGAGCUUACUGCAUGUGCGUUUUUUUGUUUGUUUGUUUUGUUUUUUUAAACCGACUGGAAUUAAUGUA